UGAAAAAUCGGUUGGAAAACUUUUUUCUAGCUGUCCAGUGCUUGAAGAAUUGUGGUUGGGAGAAUGUUGAGUUCAAACGUGUUUCAGCUCCUAGAUUGAAGUCCUUCAUCAUUCUAACUGGUUGUUUGGGAAGUUAUGUGUAUCUUGCCAAAGUCGAUAUUGAUGCACCAAACCUAUUGUCCUUCACUUUCUGUGAUUGGCUCCCGGAAGAUUUUGUUGUGGAUAGUUUUCCAUUGCUACAAGUUGCAGAUUUAUACUACAACUAUGGCGACAUAGAAAGCAGAUUUCUUCCUUUGUCCAAGUUUGUAAUGAAGCUCUGCAAUGUAAAGGUCUUGAAAAUAUCAGAUUCUCAAGCUCGCAAACGCACUGUCUACUAGUUUCCCGACUUUUCACAAUUUGAUCCGUUUAAAAGUGUAUGAUGCUUUAAAUGGAAACAUCCGUCAACUUUUUAGAGUUCUUGCGGAAUUUGGAAGCACUCGUCAUCAAUAAGGUCGAAUUUGAUGGCGAAGUCAACGAGAACACUUUGUCAUUUAUCAAAGUGCCUAGCUGUUUGGAAUGCCUGAAGACAAUCAAAAUUAAGAGGGUUAAGGGGUACCCCAAGGAGCUGGUUAAAUUUGUUCUGAAGCAUGCAAAAGUUCUUCAAACGAUCAUUAUGCACAUUUCAUAUCCGGAGGAAGAUUCUUGGGAUUUUCGCAAGAUGAAGAAUGAUCAUAAAGCUCUGAAUAAGAAAAUUAUGAUGCAGUUACGAACAUCUCCAUGGGCUUCACCAGGUUGUGCCAUUAAGUUUAUAUUUCAGCGGCGGUUUCACUUUGGGAGCAUAAAUGAUGGAAAUCUGUUUGAUUAAUGCGUGUUUUGUUAGUCUUAUGAAAAAUUGACUACCCUAUUGUUCAUUAGCUGAAGUUGGUAGAGAGAGUUCUUAAAGCUGUACGACACUGUAUGGCUUUAUGAUUGCA